GUAAUGGCAAUGAAAAAUUUCGACAUUCAGUUAAUGUUCGAUUUCAAAGUUGAUUAGACUGCUCUGUGUUUUGCGUUCAAAUUUUUUAUUUUGUCCAAAUUUUCUGAAAUUUGUAUUUACGUAAAUCCUCAGCCUUGACGUAACAUUUUAAAAAUGAAUCAGGAUAAGAAAAAAAAGGUCAUUCCACCACCCAUUGGAACAUACAUCUCUCCCCAAACACGGCAAAACAUAUGGCAGGCAUGUUCGAAUGUUGUAGCUACACCCGAAGAAUUGGCAUCGAAAAUCCUUGUGCCGUUUCCAGAAUGUCUACGUAGAUUACGUGAAAUGGGAGCAGCAGCUCAAUCAAAGAAAGAUAUUGCGCAAAGUUCACGCCUAAGUGAAUCGAAGGCAGAUGUGAAGAAAGUUCCAACCUUAGGUGUAUCAAUGGAAGAUGGGGCGAUAGUUACAGCCUUCAGUGAAACGACCGAAUGUGUGAACAAUGUUCACCUUAUCAAAAUUGAGGGAACCCCGGCAGCAAGCGACAUAAAACCGACGGGACGACUUCUUUCACAGAUGAUUGUUGACAGAAUGAACUUGGCGUUGCUUAGUAUGCAGUGCCGAGUAACGCCUCUGUUUCCACCAGAUUUAACGACAAAUAAAACGAUUCCCAAAGUGAUACGGCGUCGUGGGCCACCAAUACCUCAGCUGGGACGUCUGGCUCCGAAAAGAAAAAUGUUUGCUUUGGUGAACACAACUCAAAAGCCGCGAUCCGAUGACAUGCAAACCGCUGGUAAAGGUUUGACGAAUGAAGGCACCGAGCCUCUGUCCGAGAAUACAUCCGCAAUUGAGGACCAUGCGGCAGUUUUUGGAGAUAUCCAAAUGAAAGUAGAGCUAAUAGAGCUUGACAGUAAUUAAUACCAUUGCUUGAUAACGUACAAUAGAUAUGUACCUACUUAGUGUUUAAGUUUUCAAUAAAUAAACGGCUUGUUUAGAUGGAAAA